GCAACACCUCCAACAUUAUAUGGAAUACUCUUUAAUGAAAACCAUCCAGUUCUUAGUGGAAUACCAAGAAAGAGCUACAAAAAUGAGCAACAUCAGAAACUGGUUUGAUAGGAACAAUCCAUUGAAUCGAUUCAAAAAAGGAAAUGCCAACUCUACAGAAGAACCUCCAGCUGAAAAAGUGAAGAUACAUUUGGAGAAUAAAUACUUGGUGGCCAGACCCAUCUAUUCAGAUGAUGGCUUCCAUGAACAGAAUGAAAUAGUAGACAGACAUCACACCUCAAUAUUGGACCAUUUAAAGAGGACAUGUGGGUGUUCUGCUCAGAAAGCAAAGAGAAUUGCAUUUACUUAUUUUCCAAUUAUGGCCUGGCUUCCACAAUAUACAUUCAAGGAAUGGAUUCUCAGUGACAUCAUUUCUGGGGUGACAACAGGCCUUGUUGCUGUUUUGCAAGGUUUGGCAUAUGCUCUGCUAACAAAUGUACCACCAGGGUAUGGACUGUAUGCAGCAUUUUUUCCAGUUGUGGUUUAUUUCUUCUUUGGAACUUCUAGACAUAUUUCUGCUGGUCCCUUUCCUGUCACAUGCCUAAUGGUUGGCUCAGUGGUGACAAAUCUUGUAGGCAGUGCAUCCACGAGCGCCGGCAAUUCUACUGCAGGCAACAGCACAGAUGAAAAUUAUAUAAAUGAACAAAAAGUUAUGGUGGCAGCAUCUUUAACUUUUCUUGUUGGAAUAGUGCAGUUGGCUUUGGGGUUUCUGCAGUUUGGUUUUAUUGUUAUAUAUUUGUCAGAGCCAUUAAUUAAUGGAUUUACAACUGCUGCAGCCAUUGAAGUUGUGAUAUCUCAACUAAAAUAUGUUUUUGGAUUAAACAUUCCUGCUUUUAAUGGACCACUUGCCAAUUUUUAUGUGCUUAAAGCUAUUUUUGAUAAUUUACGAAUUACAAAUAUCGCAUCUCUAAUUAUUUCCAUUAUUGUAAUGGUUGUAGUUUACAUUGUGAAAGAACUCAAUGAUUAUUUUAAAGCAAAAAUGCCUGUUCCUAUUCCAAUUGAAAUCAUACUGACAAUAAUUGGUGCUGGAGUGUCUUAUGCAUUUGAUUUCCAACACAGAUUUGGUGUACAAAUUGUAGGAACAAUUCAAAGAGGUUUCCAACCUCCUGUUUCCCCAAGUACUGCUGUUUUUCAAGCAAGCAUAGCCAAUUCCAUCUCCACUGCUAUUGUUGGUUUUGCUGUGGCUUUUUCUGUGGCUCAGGUGUAUGCAGUGAAGCACAAUUAUACCAUUGAUGGUAACCAAGAAUUAAUAGCAUUUGGAUUGUGUAACGUAGUAUGUGGUGCAUUCAAAGGCUUUGUAGCAAGCACAUCGUUAGCCAGGUCAUCAGUACAAGAGAGCUCAGGAGGCAAAACCCAGAUUGCUGGGAUACUAUCAGGUGUAAUAGUUUUGAUAGUAACACUCGCUCUCGGAUAUCUUUUGGAACCUCUACCAAAGGCUGUUCUUGCAGCUAUUAUUAUCAUAAACUUGAAAGGAAUGUUGAUGAAAUUCAAUGAAAUUCCUAUAUUGUUAAGGAGGGAUAAGUAUGAUUUGGUUGUGUGGGUGGUAACAUUUUGGGGUUCAGUCAUUCUUGGCCUGGAUAUUGGGCUUGCAGUGGGUGUUGGAAUUGAGCUGCUGACAGUGGUUUUCCGCGUACAGUUCCCGAAAUAUGCAUUAUUAGCUAGCGUUAGAAGAACAGAUAUCUAUAAAGACAAAAAGGAUUACAGUGAUAUCUAUGAGCUAGAUGGAGUGAAAAUAUUCAGAUGCCCAUCUCCUGUCUUUUUUGCUAACAUUGAUGCCUUUAAAGAAAAACUUAUUACCUGUGUUGGUUUUAAUCCACUGUGGCUCCUUCGUAAACGCAAUAAGGCUCUCAGGAAAAUUACAAAAUUAGUCAAAAAAGGAGAAUUACGUAUGACACCGAAAGGUUUGGUCCCAACAUCAAAUGACAUCGAUAUAUCUGAUGAUGAAGAACUACACAAUAACAGAAUAGAAGAGUUGGAUGAACCCCCUGAGGAUUUGCCCAUUGAAGUGAACUGGAGUCAAGAUCUUCCCAAUAACAUUCUAGUUCCAAAAAUUGAUCUCCACACAUUAAUUCUGGAUUUUACAACAGUGUCAUUUAUUGAUAUGUCAGGAAUGAAGGUUCUUAAAGCGAUAUUAAAGGAAUUCAAUAAAGUAGAAGUGGAUACAUAUAUUGCGGGUGCUGAUUGUUCCAUUCUGGACAAAUUAAAGAGAAGUGAAUUUUUUGAUAAAGACAUCAAAACAUCAAUAUUUUAUGUCACUGUCCACGAUGCAGUUUUACAUGUACUUGAAGCAAAAGGCAUAGAGGAUGCAUUCAAGUGUGACCCAGAAAAGGAUCCUGGAACCAUUUUAUCUUUAUAUGGUGUUACAAAUGGAACCAACUACAUCCAAGACCACGUUGUCUCCUCUGAAACGAAAUUCUAAUCUGUUGACUGUAUUAUAAAAAUAUCAAUGAAACGUUUUCUGCUGGAAUCACAAAUGUUUUAUAUUAUACAGUAUAUGAUGAGUAAAAAUGAAUCCUAAAUACAUCAAUCUGUUAUCUAUGCUAUGUUCCCUAAUAUGUUAUCUAUGUUAUGUUCCCUAAUAUGUUAUCUAUGUUAUGCCAUUAUUGUUAAUAGGAAUCAUUGUGUACAUUAUUAUCCUUUACCAACAUAUGCAAUACAAUACAGCCUUGGCAAGUG